CGACUCUACUCAACACCCUCUCCUCCGCACCCCUUUUGCCACCGGUUUCCAAACUUGCCGGAGCGAUGAAUAAAUUCAAGAACAUGAAAUCUGAAUCGUUGACUUUAUUACUUGUCAACCUUGCCGGAAUAAUGGAAUGUGCAGACGAGUCGUUAUUGCCAGGAGUGUACAAAGAAGUUGGGAAAGCAUUGCAUGCUGAUCCAACUGGACUUGGUUCUUUAACUCUUUUUAGAUCAAUUGUUCAAUGUCUUUGUUACCCUCUUGCUGCUUAUCUAUCUGGUCGUCAAAAUAGGGCUCAUGUUAUUGCUCUUGGUGCCUUCCUUUGGUCUGCUGCUACUUUUCUUGUUGCCAUUUCCUCCACUUUUACUCAGGUUGCCAUUUCCAGAGGUUUGAAUGGAAUAGGACUUGCCAUAGUCGCACCAGCUAUACAAUCUCUAGUUGCUGAUUCAACAGAUGAAAGAAACCGCGGUAUCGCUUUUGGGUGGCUACAAUUAACAGGGAACUUUGGCUCUAUCCUUGGCGGGAUUUUAUCGGUGCUGCUAUCUGAAACAUCAUUCAUGGGAAUCGCUGGCUGGAGAAUCUCCUUCCAACUUGUAGGUUUUAUUAGUGUUAUAAUUGGUAUAUUGGUGCGCAUUUUCGCCAAGGAUCCUCACUAUGUUGACAGUGAUGGCAAUGCAAAAGAGCAACCUCCCCAAAAUCCAUUUAGAGAAGAAGUGACGGAGCUUCUAAGAGAAGCAAAAGUAGUUGUAAAAGUACCUUCUUUUCAAAUACUUGUUGCUCAGGGAGUGUCGGGGUCGUUUCCAUGGUCAUCAUUGUCAUUUACCCCUAUGUGGUUAGAGCUUAUCGGAUUCUCCCACAAGACAACAGCAUUACUGUUGACUUUGUUUAAUGUUGCUCUCUCAAUUGGUGGAUUGUUUGGGGGAAAAAUGGGAGAUGUCCUUGCCAAACACUUACCGGAUUCUGGUAGAAUAAUUCUAUCUCAAAUAAGCUCUGGUUCGGCGAUCCCUUUAGCUGCAAUUCUGCUCUUAGGAUUGCCUGAUGAACCUUCCACAGCUGCAACCCAUGUUUUAGUCUUGUUCAUCAUGGGAUUAAUCAUUUCUUGGAAUGCUCCAGCAACAAAUAAGUAUGUUUCCUUUCGACCACUCUAUCAUUCAUCUUUAUCUGGAUUUUCUUGCAUAUAUCCUUGUCUUUACAUGUUGAAGGUUGAAAGUUUAUAG